UAUGAGUAAUCGGUAAGUAGGCAAUGUGAUAACAUCAGUCGAGGUGUUGAACCGGGUGUGUUCUGUUAGUCGCUUCCUAUCGAAAGCAGAGGAUUUGUUUGGUUUUGCUGUAAGAUGGCAAAGAGCACUUUUAAUUCUACGUUUAGAAAGAUCGACGUGGAUCAAUUUAACGACGAUUACUACAAAGACGAAGAAAAUAACGAAGCUCAAUCACCUCCGACCGGACCCGACGAACAAGAAAUCAAUAACCUGUUGAACCAAGGAAAAAAUAUUGAAGCUUUAAAAUCACUUUUGAAAAAUGCACCUAUUGGAUCAAAAAAUCAAAUUAUGAAGGAUUCUGCAUUCAAUUUAGUACAGAAAAUACUGUUUACGAUAAAAGCCAGCGAAAUAGAAAAAGUCGUCACUUCGAUGGAUCGUGACCUUCUCGACGUUCUGAUGAAAUAUAUUUAUCGUGGUUUCGAAAAUCCAAGCGAAGGAAGCAGUGGACAUUUAUUAGCUUGGCAUGAAAAGGUAUACGCAACCGGCGGUGUCGGUAGUAUCGUUCGUGUUCUGACCGAUAGAAAGAGAGUUUAAGUAUUCCGCAACGGAAGAAAAGAAACUGUAAAUUUCCAUACUUAUUUUCAUAAAUCAUUCCUAAAAAAUUCUUUCAGCAUUUUGUAUAUGGCACUGCCAUUUUAUAUUUCCUUUUUAUGUGAUAACUUUAAGCUGGAAAAAGAAAAAAAAUGUUUAACAUUUUAUAAAUUUAUUUGUAAAAAGAAAUGAACAAAUUAUUUAUAUAUAUAAAUAUAUAUAACUUCUACUUUUUAUUCGACACAAUUUCUACAAGUUUUUCACUAACGAAAAUAAGAAAAUUAUUAUUUGAUAUUUCUUUUUUCUUAACGAAAUAGUCUUUUGUAAAGAAUCAGUUGCACACAGAAACAAAACACUGAUUAUAUUUAUAUAGCAAAUGGCCCGUGUACUAAUUUGAGAAAAGUGCCAAAUUACUGGGCACUGUGAUGACGUCGAGAAUUGUAAUAAUUUCGGAGAAAGUAGUCUUCCACGCAAAACAAAGAAAAUGGUGCCAAUUGUGUUGCAAUGGAAAUUUUUUAUUGUAUGAUUUAAUGUACAAUUUAUGGAAUUUAUUCAAUCAUUAUCAUUCGAAUUACUCAAAUCGUAUUCAAGAAUGUAUUUAUGGAUGGCAUUUAUAAAAUUGAAUCAAGAUGCCCAGUACUGCAUUGAUUUUGAGAUUCCUGUACUUACUUUUUACGAAUAAAGUUAAAUAAGAUAACUUUACUACAGAUAAUAAUUAAGUUUUAUUGAUGGUUUGAUAAAAAAAAUAAUUAUGCUUUCCGUUUAAGCUAUAUAAUACCUUUCUAAAUAUGAUGUAACUAAAUCAGUGUUAAUGCUUUUUUAUAAUCUUAGAUAAAUGAAAAGUUUGAUACUUAUUCUUGGUAAAAACCUGUAUGUUGUCCACUUGUGGAUUUUAAAACUUGGGAUUAAUUUACUUGUAUAAUCCCAUUUUAAAUGAAAUAUUAAUGGAUUAUGCAGAUUUUAAUAAAAUUAAUCAUUAUUAAAAGUUAUCUGUGUGUAUAAAUGACAGCCGGAGUGGAGGUGGAAAAAUGUAGAAGCGUGUUCUGUAGGACCAAUCGGAUUAUAGGUUACGAUAUGGGUGUGAUACUGGCAUAAUUUUAAAUGAUCGAAAGCUGGGUAAAAUCCAGUAAAUGACCAAGACAUUUUGAUUCAAAUAUUUAUUUUGACAUUUGAAAAUAAUGAUGUAUUAUAAAAUGUGAAUUAUGUAUGUUCCAAUUUGUAAUUUUUCAACUUUUAAUUUUCUUCACAUGUGAAAAUGACAUUGCUUAGCCAUUAGAAAUAAAGUUUUG